AUGCCAGCGUCAAAGCAAAACAAUGAAACGCAGCUCUCAACUAGUCAAGCAAACAAGUCGCGGCUUGUUACAAUUUGUCGAUGGGUGAACAACUCUUUAAUACUGCAGCGCAACAUAACUCUGACGGCCCACGUUGUGAUCACACUCGAGACCGUCAAGAACCUGAAGGACAUCGGAGUUAGAGAGGGCCUGAGCGCGCGCGUGGUGCAGGCGCAGCAGCGCGCCAUCGGCUGGCUGGAGCGCCACAUGAAGCUGCUGGACGACUUCGGCGACCCGUACGCGCUGGCCGUCGUCGCCUACGCCCUCACCUUCUCCAAGGCGCCCAGCUCCGAACACGCCUACCGCCUGCUGAAGAAGCGACAGCGCUCGGAAGGUGGUUUGGUGUAUUGGGGUAAAGAGCCGGUUCCGCCGCCGCCGUAUAAGAUGGAGAAUCAGAAGCCGUUCCUGCUGCCGCGCCUGCCGUACAAAUACGACUCGAACAAUAUCGCGGCAACGGCGUACGCGCUCCUCGCCUGCAUGGACCACCAGGACAACAACGAACCCAUCGUCAUGUGGCUAAACGCGCAGCGCCUCAAAGACGGCGGAUGGGCGUCCACGCAGGACACGUACAUCGCCCUGCGCGCGCUGAUAGAAUACACGAACCGCAAGCGGCUGCGCGACGUGAGCUCGCUGACGCUGACGGUGGACGCCGUGGCGCUCAAGGACUCGACCAAACUGCUGCACGUGCGGAACGACAACCUCGCGCAGAUGCAGAGCAUCGACGUAUGUCACCCCAUAAUUUAUUCACACAUUAACUUUCAAUAA